AUGAUUUAUCUAAAUAUUAUGUUAAUUUUUGUCGAUAUUUUCGCGGAAAAGUUGCUGAUUAAUUCUAUUGAACAGAAUGAGUAUUCCGUCUGUUAUGAUUUACGUUUUCGACGACGUGCACACUCCAUAGAAAAACGCGCUGCAAAUGAUAUGAAUUAUGUGAAGCAAUUCCGUAUUUUACCUUGUUCACAUUUUUUUCGUCAUUUUUUCCUUCUUGUUCUCGUUUGCCAAACAUUUGUCAGCGGAAAAAGUGACUCUACGAAAAAAUCUUCUAAUAAUCACGGCGAUGAGAAACGUGUCUUCGAUAUCAACUUUGGAAACAAUAAAAACUUUGCCAUCGAUGAUUGUAUUCCAUUGGCAUUCGGAGAUUUUAACGCUGAUAAGAUAGUCGAUGUGUUCUGUCGAAAUACUAAAGGUGAUGAAAUUAAAAUUAUGGUCAAUGAUGACCGAUCAACAACAUCGAAAGAGAUAUGUAAAGUGAAUAUAACUGGUAUUAUUUACGAUGCAUCCGCAGCAGAUUUUGAUGGCGACAGUAAAUUGGAUUUGUUUGUGCUUUACAAGACAAAAAGUGACCAGAUUGGAUACAACGGAGGAAUUCUAUGGGGUAAUCGUGUUAACUUAAGCGAAUUGCAUCCGACUGAGUAUUUGUUUGAAAAUAUUCCUACAACACUCGAUGCAAAUGGUGAUUCGUAUGUUGAAUUGCUAGGAAUGAUGAGCACUGAUAAUACAACGUUUAAGCCAGCCUGUCUCUUCUUUAAAAAUCGUAUGACAUUUCGCAUCAGAGAUCUACCUGUUGCCGAACGACUUCGGUCAGGUGCAACGCAAGCGACAGUAGAUCUGAAUCAUGAUUUAGUUGCAGAUCUAUUUUUAACACUUGACGUGAACAAUGCACCGAAAUUUCGCAUCUAUGAACUACCAAUCGAAGCUUUCAAAUUGUAUAAAGAAUACGAUCCACCACCCGGUGUUGCGAUUUAUCAUCUAUCAACUUUUGCUGACAUUGAUGCCGAUGGAGAAUUAGAACAUAUUCUCCCGGUUUGCAUGGAUACUAGUUGUAGUAAAAGUCAAAUUUAUGUGCGAGAUGACGACGCAUGGCAUCUACUACCGAUCAAAUUUGGAGAUGGUGUUCGAUUUCCUCUAACCAAAGAACUCCCAUCACCACUCGAUCAAAUACCACUGAGUGUCAAAGUUGCGGACUAUAAUCUCGAUGGUUUUCCCGAUAUGGUGGCAGUGAUGAGACAAACUUCCUCAGGAAGUACCGUUCCUAUUGUUCUGCAAAAUCGACCAUGUGAAAGUGAUGUAAAUACACCGUGUACUUACAAUCGAACAUUCACACCGCAAGGAGAAGAAUCAUUUAUCUUAGCUGCAACUAAUGCAACCAUGGCUGUUUUUUUCGAUGUGUUAGAAAAUGGUUAUCUCGAUCUGCUUGUGUUACAAGGAAGUAAAAAUCAGAAUUUUAAACUGAUCGGUUUUCAAAAUUCUCUUGUGCAAGAUGUACAUUUCAUCAAAGUCAUGGUUAUCAGUACAUUUUCCUGUGAGACAUGUUCACGUCAAAAGAAACUGCCCUAUGGAAACAACCAACCGGGACAAUCGGUUAAAAUGGAAACCAUAACAAUUAUGAAUGGCAUCAAAGAUUAUUGGGUGAAACUGGCAGCUGUUCAAAUGGCUCAAUCGGGUCAAAUGACACUUGAACUUCCAUAUGUUAUCAUUGGUCUUGGCUCAACACCAAAUUUCGUUGAAAAAAUAACUGUUGGAGUACCACCAAAUAUGGAAUCGAAUAAACUAAUUCGAACUUAUACGCAAAUGAUUCCUAACUCUCAAAUAGUCGUUGUUCCAUCACCACUAAUGAAUCCUGAAAAAUGGCAUAGCAAACUUUUCAUCACACCGAGUCGAAUGAUUCUGCAUACAGGCAUUGCAUUAGGUGUAACAUUGGUUGUGUUAGCUGGUGCACUUGCUAUAUUACAAUAUCGUGAAAAGCUGGAAGAUGAUCGCGAACGUAAAGUUCAAGCACAAGCGUUUCAUUACGAUGCUCUAUGA